UUGGUAGGGCACCAGGAAACACGGAAGAAGGCGACGAGGAGAACGGCUAACUUUUGCUGUCAAGUUUGACUUUAUUUCACCUGGUUUUUCGCCACAACGCCGGGCGGCAUUCGCUCAUCUUGUUCGCGGAUUUCUUGAAGAACGGCCUGAACAUGUCAAGUAUGGAGAAGCAUCUCUUCAAUCUAAAGUUUGCUGCCAAAGAGCUUCAAAGAAAUGCCAAGAAAUGUGACAAAGACGAGAAAGCAGAGAAAGCUAAAGUCAAGAAAGCUAUCCAGAAGGGGAACAUGGAGGUGGCAAAGAUCCAUGCAGAAAACGCCAUCCGACAGAAGAACCAGUCAGUCAACUUCUUGCGGAUGAGUGCUCGGGUCGACGCUGUGGCAGCAAGGGUCCAAACUGCAGUAACAAUGAACAAGGUCACAAAGUCCAUGGCUGGAGUGGUGAAAGGCAUGGAUGCUGUACUGAAGAGCAUGAAUCUUGAAAAGAUUUCUGCUCUUAUGGACAAAUUUGAGCGUCAGUUUGAAACUCUGGAUGUUCAGACAGCUCAGAUGGAGGACACCAUGAGCAACACGACAACGCUCACAACACCACAGAACCAAGUGGACUCGUUGCUGCAUGAAAUGGCAGAUGAAGCAGGAUUGGACCUGAAUAUGGAGCUCCCACAGGGACAGACGGGAUCUGUGGGCACCAGCGUUGCCUCUGCAGAACAGGAUGAACUGUCUCAAAGACUCUCCAAACUCAGAGACCAAAUCUAAAAGAAGAGUCCAGCGGAGUUGAGCCUCAUUGCAGAGCUCUGAAACGGCUGCACACUACCUGACAUGAAUAUUACUCGCAAACACCUCUGACUUUCAUGAUGUCUUUCCUCCCCUUUACAUCUCUUAAGUUUCUCUGUUGAGGAUCUGCUGUACCAUGUUUUUUUUUUUUUCUUUUCACCGGCUGUGGCCUCAUUGGUUUUGUGUGUUCAUGAUCUCGCCAUGACUGUUUGGAUGCCUGCCUAUAUAUUAUACUAACAGGCGCAGGGGAACUUAUGCAUUUCUUAAAUGUGCAUAUUCACCAUUGAGUAGGAUUUAAUGUAACUGGUGAAAAUGUAUACUUGAGAAUGCCAUACUUAAAAAAGUAAAUGGUGUGUGGAAGUUAUUUCCCUAUAUGUAUAGGCCAAUUUCAUGUACUUAUGCUGUAUAAACUUUGGUCUAAAAUAUCUUGGAAUAUAUUCAUAUUUUUAUUUCUUGUUCCUGUGUGCAUGAUUGCAGACAACAUAUGGAUUUUGUUUCACCUUGCUAUCAAAGUGUGAAAGACCUUUCCUCUUAUUGGCAAAUUGAUCUUUUGAUCUUUUUGAUUUGUGUCUGUCCUGUUUCUGAGAUUUAGUUGAAGAAGAUAUUAUAUGAGCCAUCUUCUUCAUUUUCACUGAUUGUUUGGGAAGGGAUUACAGUUUGGAAAUUGCAGUAGAAAAUAAAAUUUUAUAACACUUUUA